UAUUCAGCGGUGUCACCCGGAAGCGUAGGGAAUGGCGUUGACCGAGGCGUUUGAUCAAGAUCUUUGCUGAAUGUUUUCCUAAAUUCCACCUGGGUUUAGAACCCUAACCGGUCUGUAACAUGACCAGCUGGCGUGCAGUUAGUUCUUCACAGAUUGGAGUUGUGAUCUACAACUUCAAUGAAAAAGGUGCACACAAGCUGAAACUUCAGUUGGGCGAAACUGUGCAAGUGCUUGAAGAAAAUGGAGGUUGGUACAGAGGAUUUUCCCUGCGGAAUAAAAAUUCAAGGGGGAUUUUUCCAAUCUCAUACGUUAAACUGCGACAACAGAAAAAUGGCCAAGUGAGGAAUAAUGAGGGUGUCCUUCAGGAAAUCUCACUUGUAGAAGAAAUGACAUCAGUUUUACGAGAAUGGGGAAAUAUGUGGCAAAACCUUUAUCUGAGAAGAGAAGAUCACCUUUUCUUGCUUGUGAAAAAGCAGAUGGCAGAGUUAAUGGACUGGAGAAGACAAAUUCUUUCAGAAACUCUUCCUGGAGAUCAACUAAAGCAAUUGAAACAAAAGGUCACAUCAACCAUUGACUAUGGAAACAGGAUCAUUGGACUUGACCUGGUGGUUCGUAAUGAUGAUGGUAAUAUUCUUGAUCCAGAUUCAACAGGUGUCAUUGAACUUUAUAGAAGGCAUUUAAGCACGUCCAAUAAGAUCCAAUCAUCUAGCAGAGAUGAAUCUAAGAAGCUCAAGCGGGAGGCUGCCUUCUCUUCGACUCAUAACAUUUAUGUCAAUAUAAAAAAUGUAGUCUGUAACAUCAAUGAUGACGCAGAAGUAUUUAUUUCACUGUAUGAUGCACGAGAUGGAGAGUUUAUUAGUGAACAGUUUGUUGUAAACUGGGACAAGGCUGGUAUGCCUAAAGAAAUUGAUAAGCUGUAUAACCUGACUGUGUUGUUUACGGAUCUAGGAACUAAAGAUCUUAAAAGAGAUCGCGUCUUUCUUGUGUGUCAAAUAAUCCGAGUAGGCCGAAUGGAUCUCAAAGAGCCGGCCAGUAAAAAGCUGACUAAAAACUUGAGAAGGUGUUUUGGAGGUGCAGUGUUGAAUCUGUCUGAUCUGAUGUCUGGCAAGGUUCAAUAUGAGGACGACAAGGAGCACUUCCUGCAGCUACAUGUGGUUCCAUUCAGAGUUCCUGAGAACCAGUUUAUGCAUGAUUGGAUCAAGAAGAUGAUAGCCUCACAGCUUGCAGACUCCAAGGGAACAGGACAAGGAAUUUGGGUAUCUGUUAAAGUACUUGAAGGAAAUGAAGAACAGAUAAGAGAAGAGAACCCUCUUUUAAUGAACAAACACACUGCUAUUGCUCGCAAGCAAGGCUUCCCAGAGGUUAUCAUGCCAGGUGAUGUGAGAAAUGACCUGUAUGUGACAGUGCUGUCAGGAGAGUUUGAAAGAGGCCACAAAACAGCGAACAAGAACAUUGAGGUUACUAUGCAUGUGCUUUCAGACAAUGGGGACAUUCUUGAGAAUGUGAUUAGUUACGGCGCAGGGGAGGAUCUGGUUAGUGAGUACCGCUCUGUGAUUUACUACCACAGUGGCAAGCCAGAGUGGCAUGAAACUAUCAAGCUGGCAGUUCCCAUUGAACAGUUCUACGAGUCUCAUCUUCGGUUCACGUUCAAACAUCGAUCUAGCGGAGAAGAAAAGGAUAAGAGUCAGAAGGUGUUCGCAUUUGCGUUCGUUCGAUUGAUGCAGCGAGACGGCACAACCCUUAAGGAUGGCACUCACGAGCUUAUGGUCUUCAAGUGCAACUCGACCAAAGUGCUGCCAUCCACAUACUUGCAGUCUGCUUCGUUUAAAAUCGAACAGACUCUGAUGAACCCUCCCACCAAGGGCGGGGCCGAUGCUGCGGCAUACUGCAAUGACAAAUUUAAUAUCAAGACCCUACUAUGCUCCACAAAGCUCACACAGAACCUGGAUUUACUUGGCCUGCUGAAGUGGCGACAGAUGCCAGGCAAGCUGAAAGAUGUCCUGGUGACUCUGAUGAAAGUCAGUGGGGAAGAGAUCGUCAAGUUCCUCACGGACACAUUUGAUGCCUUGUUCGCAAUCCUCAACGAGAAUGCAAGGAAAUACGACAAGCUUGUGUUUGAUGCCUUGGUGUUCACCAUCAGUCUACUAGCAGACAAGAAGUACCACCACUUCCGCCCUGUGCUGGAGGCGUACAUCGACAAUCACUUUGCCGCCACCAUUGUCCACUCAACUUUGAUUGCCGUCUAUAAAGAAUACAUCGCAUAUGCUGAGCGUGAUAGCCUGGAGAGGGCGAGGAUGGACCUGCUACUGAAAGCCAUGAAGGCUAUGGAAUACAUCUUUAAAUUCAUCGUUCAGUCCAGAAUACUCUACGAGAGGUUCAAUGGCUCUAAAGGACACGCUGAAUUCCAGGAGGACCUGCGAGGGAUGUUCCACUCCUUAGUCAACCUGAUGACAAACACAAAAAAUGAGACCCUUCUUACACAGGGUGCGGCUCUCAAAUAUUUCCCCGCAACCUUCGAGCACCUGCUACAGGUCUUUGAUGCAAAGGAAUUAGCGUACUAUGCACGUGACUUCAUUGAAAAAAUCCCCGAGAAGCGCUUGACGUCACAAAGGUUGGACUGCAUCCAUAACAUGGUCAAAAGCCCUCUCUUCGAAAUCCCCGACUCCCGCUGUGUGCUGUUGCCGAUGGCCGUGAGCCAGAUUGGGAAAGAGAUGGAUAGGAACGAGGAGAUGAUCAUCUGUAUUGACGUCCUAAACGAUAUCCUCAUCAUGUUGAUGAGAAAAGACGUGGGCUUGACACACGAGGAUGUGUUCUUUCUUGUCGUCUCGCUGCUCCGAGUGGUCGUCAAGGCAGUAAUCAAGAUGGACAGAUCCCAACCUGUUGUGGGUAGCUACGUGGCAUGCCUGAUUGCCAUGCUUCAGUUGAUGGAUGAAGAUCACUACCGGAUGUACAUUGAUCAGUUUUCCUCUCGACUUGACUUGCUGGACUUCCUGAUGGAGCUUUUCCUUCUCUUCCGUGAAUUUGUCAGCAACAAUGUGUACCCCAAAGACUGGGUUGUCAUGACGAUGGUGCAAAACAGUGUUAUACUGAACACGAUACAGUACUUCUCUGAGGCCCUUCACGACUCGUUCUUCCGCGAUGGCGAGUUUGAGUACCAGUUGUGGAAUAAUUUUUUCCACCUGUCAGUGGCGUUCAUUACCCAAGAGUCACUACAGCUCGAAGACUUCAGCCAGGCAAAGCAGGACAAGAUACUCGAAAAGUAUUCUGACAUGCGAAUGAUAAUCGGCCUGAAGAUUAACGACAUGUGGCACAGCUUAGGCUCGCACAAAAUCAAGUUCAUUCCAGGACUAGUUGGGCCUUUCCUAGAGAUGACCUUAAUCCCUCAGACAGAUCUACGGAAAGCCACCAUUCCCAUAUUCUAUGACAUGAUCGAGGUCGAGCACAGGACAACGGGUGGCUUUGUAACGGUGGAGACCGAGAUGAUGAGCAAGCUGGACGUGCUGGUGGAGGGCGGCAAGGGGAAUGCGGACUACAAGGAGCUCUUUCAUCAGAUUCUGUUCGAAUUGUUCAACCGGCAUCCUCAGCUGAAGGAGGAGGGACUGCGAUUCGUGCAACUUCUCACGCAACUCAUGGAAAGACUGCUGGACUAUCGUACCGUGGUCCAAGGGGACGAGAACAUCGACAAUCGCAUGAGCUGCAUUGUGAAUGUGCUGAAUUUCUACAAAGAAAUCAGAAGAGAGGAAAUGUUCAUCAGAUACGUGUAUAAGCUUUGUGACAUGCACCUGGCCAUUGAGAACUACACCGAGGCCGCCUUCACACUCCUGUUACACGCCGACUUGUUAGAGUGGUGCGAUCAGCCCGUGUUCACGGGUCAAGGCAAGUACCAAGCAACGACUCAGCGUCAGUUGAAGGAGAGCCUCUACACUGACAUGAUUGACUAUUUCGACAAAGGAAAGUGUUGGGAGGAGGCCAUAUCCAUGUGCAAACAGCUUUCCAAGCAGUACGAAGAACAGACGUUUGACUACAUCAAGCUCAGCCACAUACUCAACAAGCAAGCCAAGUUUUACGACAACAUCAUCACACAGGUCCGGGGCGAACCUGAAUACUUCCGAGUUGCCUUUUAUGGUAAAGGCUUCCCGACAUUCCUCCGGGAUAAAGUGUUCAUUUACCGUGGAAAGGAAUACGAGCGUCUGUCCGACUUCUGUGUCCGGAUCCAGAGUCAGUAUCCGAGUGCUAAGAUGCUGAACUAUCUCACACGGCCGGAAGAAGAUAUCAUUAAUUCCUCGGGUCAACACAUGCAAAUCAACAAGGUCAAUCCAGUUCCCGUCGAGAGAAGAAAAUUUCGCGGCAAGAAUGUCAUGGAGCAAAUUACUAGAUUUUACGAUGUGAAUAGCAUCAACAAGUUCCAGUACUCAAGAGUAUUCCACAAGGGCAUCAGAGACAAAGAAUGUGAAUUCAAGACGAUGUGGCUGGAGCGCACUAUUCUCUACACCAAGUACAAGUUUCCAGGAAUUCUUUGCUGGUUUGAAGUCAUCAGCAGUGACCUGGAGGAAGUGAGUCCCAUCAGGAACGCCCUCGAGACGAUGAUGUCCAAGAACAAGGAGCUAAGAAGUCUGAUCGGUAUGCUCAAGGCGGACCCUAACCUCAAUGUCAACCCACUUACCCAGAACCUCCAGGGUACAGUGGACGCCGCGGUCAUGGGUGGAACCUCAAACUACGAGAAGCUUUUCUUGAUACCAGAGUACCUUAAAGAAAACCCCGAUCACCAGCAGUAUGUGGAUCAGCUGAAGGAACUCCUGGUAGAACAGGUGGAUGUGCUUGAGGAGGGUAUACGGUUGCACGGCACACGCAUUAAGGAUAACAUACGACCGCUACACGAGAUCAUCGAGACGGGCUUCAAGCAGAAGAAGGCGCACUUUGAGCAGUUCAGAAAGAAGGCCAAGCCGAGUGUGAGCUCUGCGCCGCCAAGGAACCCUCGCUCUCGGCUCACCAUACAGCCACGCAGCUCAGAUGAAAGGUCGACCAUAUCCAGCGACGAAAUGGCCCCACCAAUUUUACCCCUCAAACACAACAAACAGUCUAUGGAAGACACACCCGGGGAAGAGCGAUCCACCACAGUCGACGGCCCUCCCAAGCCACCCCGACCCACCCCUCCCGAAUCUCUUCUCAUCAGUGGAGAGACCCCCCCGUCCCUUCCAAGUAAAGGAAGAAGACCGUCGCAGCAAAGGGGGAGUACGGCAUCUAGCGGGUCCGGGGGGGAUGUAGACUUGCCGAGUACGCCAGAGUCCGUCCCGGUCGUCCCCCCUCGUCGCCAGACCAUACGUGCACCCAAGCCGCAAGACUCGCCCCCAGUCCCUCCUAAGAGCCGGGACUCUCGGUUGUGAUUUGCUAUUCCUUAGUCAAAUAGGUAGAAUCCUUAUCAAUACAAUAUAUCUAUUCUUAUACAAUUCUAUUUUUAUUUUACAAGAAUUCCGGGUUACAAAUUAUGGCACCGGCCGUCCAUUCUAAGUCUGCCAAUAGUGAUGACGAGAAAGAUUAGACAAUAGAGGAAGGAAGAAAUUGGUUUUAGAGACUCGUUGGACCUUCCUCUCAUUAAAGAAAAAAAAAAUUGGAAAAAAAUCAUUUGGAAAUAACGCUGUAAAUUAAAGGGUAAAUUUUCAAUUCGUUAUUGCAAAAAAAUUCACUUAGUCUUUUGCUCGGUCCCCUGUCGGGCCACCUGUGGAUUUGGCGCCAAUUAGCUGCUUGCGCACGGCAAUUGAAAAAACUGCGGAGGAAAUCACUGCUUUGAUUGGCUGCGUUCCUCUAUCAAAAAUAGUAUUUUUUUUUUACAAAUAUUGAAAAUUUAGGAAAAAUAGAUUUGAUUCUUAUAAAGGAAAUGCUUUUGUGUGAUGAUGACAUUUAAGCUGUUGUGUUUAUUAAGUGUCCUAUUUCGUGAGACGGAUAGGAAAGUAAAUUCUAGAAUUAAGGGCAUUACAAAACUCUUUAUACAAAAUAUAGGCCUUAUUUUUAUAAAAACCUUUUUAUCAUGCACAAAAAGAAAUAAAAUUAUACUGGAA